AUGGCCUCAUUAUAUUCCACUCAGUCAUAUGUGACUGCUGACGAUGCAGCAUCUGCUGAGGAACAAUCCCUCCCUGAAGCCCUUCAUUGCACAUCCCUCUUAAUGAGGUCACUGCAAUCAGAGCAAGCCUUCGAAACCGUUAGGAACAGGUUGUGCUCUAUCCUAGCCUGCACUAUCACCACGGUGAGUGUCCUCCUCGCUAUAAGCGGUGUUUUCAUCAGCACAGGUUCUCCUGUGUCAUACUUCAACUACAUGUCACCCGUUCCCUAUUGUCUGCUCUUUAUAUUGCUCAUGCUCACCAUGAUCGCGAUGUUGACAUCUGGGUUGAGCAUGAUGCAUUGGCUGCACGCCGAUUGCUGCUGGAUUCAAGAACAACUUGAGCAAGGCGGCUGCUUCGUCUUGUCCUACCUGUUGUCGAUAGUCACGCCUAUAUUCUUCGUCACUUUGUCCCUGCAUUGUUUCAUGUUUGCGAUGUUGAUAGCAGGCUUUGCUUCUCAAAGCAUGAUCUGCUGCGCCAUCACAGUGCUUUGGCUAGUUACAUACGCUGUCAAUGUUGGGACAAUAUUGAUGGAAGCUAUGUGGAAGUAUGCGACAAGCCUCAAUCACACUGGAUAA